AUAUAUAUAUAUAUAUAUAUAAGUUAUGGUUGCUUCCCACCAACCAAACAAACCGAACAUCGUAAACGACCAGAAUAGUCAACACCAUCAAGUAAGGAAUCUGCAACGUCAGCAGGUGGAGCUAGAGAAGGAGCUGCAACGACUCCGCGCGCAUUUCUACGAAGAACAGUCCACAGCACCGCAACCGGACACCACCACGAGGCACCACAACGCGAUCCAAUAGAGUGUGCAUACUCAGCAAGUAGCUGGACAGGGCUCAUAGGUAGUCAGGGACUCAGGAUAGGUAUAAUAAAUCAGUCUAGAGUCAGAGCUCUAAGUGUGAAGUGCAAUUUUGUUUUUUUUAAAAACCUCUAUCCGCAGCCCCGUUUUAUAACUGGCUUAGUGCGGUAGGAUACAGUGGUGCAGUGAUAAUUAAGUGAGUGCGUUCGUGGAAUCGUCGACGAGGGAAUAUCGACCGACGAGGAAACAUCCCCAAAGGAAUAUUGGAGAUUUGCAGCGAACUCCGGAAUUGUCACCACCCACGGACCUGAUUGCUGACUCCCAUCAUCACCCGCGCGACGGCUUAUCGCGCAGAAAUAAGGUUAGUAACUUAGUUAAGAGACAGUGAAAAGUGAUCCCCACCAAACAUAAGUGAAACGAUAAAGAAUUUUGAAAUAAGGCGCAGUCGAGAUAAAAAGAUUAUUCCAACCAAAUAUAAGUGAAACGAUAAAGAAUUUUGAAAUAAGGCGCAGUCGAGAUAAAAAGAUAUUCCAACCAAAUAUAAGUGAAACGAUAAGGAAUUUUGAAAAAAGGCGCAGUCGAGAUUAUAAGGUUAUAAUCGAUAAAAAUAUCAAAAAGUGAUUUGAAAACGGACAAGCUAUUGAAAAGUGCGUGAAAAUUACGGUGAAUGCAGAAUUUUAGUAGUUAGUGAAUACACAUUUUCCCAGUAAUCCCAAAAUUUUAGUGAACCAAAAUCUCAAUUAUUCCAUUUUAUUUUUCUGAAAAGCGUGCGAAAAUUACAGUGAAUGCAGAAUUUUAGUAAUCAGUGAAUACACAUUUUCCCAGUAAUCCCAAAAUUUUAGUGAACCAAAAUCUCAAUUAUUCCAUUUUAUUUUUCUGAAAAGCGUGCGAAAAUUACAGUAAAUGCAGAAUUUUAGUAAUCAGUGAAUACGCAUUUUUCCCAGUAAUCCCAAAAUAUUAGUGAACCAAAAUUUCAGUUAAUCAAAAAUUGAGAUUUUGAAGAAAAUUUAAGCGAACCAGGAUCUCAGUUGAUCUAAAUUGAGAUUUUGACGUAAAUUUUUUUGAAAGCCGACUUUUUAAGUGAAAUCUAGUAUACUGCAUGUUCACCCGAACAAUGUCGAUGGAACUACAGCAAUUGGUGGAUGAGCUGAUGGCAAAAAUGGAGCAACAACGGCUCCAGAUUUCUGCCCUUGAGGCCUCCCGAAACCAACCAAGUAGUCCGUCACAGCAAGCUACUGUGGCAGUUGAGAAAAGGUUCGAUGGUUUCAGUGUACCUGAUCCCAUCAAACUUAUUCCGACUUUUUCGGGAGAACCGGCAAUGUUAUCCUCCUGGAUCGACUCCACUAUAAACGACCAAACCACUGUGGACAGAGUAAUGCCACUCUGGACUGGUCUCAUCCGAGACAAAAUUGUCAAAGAUGCAAAUGAUGUAUUAGUCAGAAACCAAGUAAAAAACGAUUGGAAUGAAAUUAAGCAGGCCUUAAAGGAUGAGCUCGGAGAUAAACGUGACUUAGCUACGCUAAGUACAAAAAUAGCUCAGCUGAAACAAGGCAAUCAAGAUCUGACUUCAUAUUAUCAGUCAUGCAAGAAGUUAAAAGCAGACAUAAAUGCUAACCUUCUUGCAAACGACGAUACCAGACCGUGUGUCAAGAUCUUAAUGGUUAACUACGAGGCAAUGAUAACUAACGCAUUCAUUGACGGCCUUCCCGACCAUCUCUCGUCUUUAACACGAAUUUAUAGGCCCAAAAACCUGCAAGAGGCUUAUGAAGGAGCCUUAGAACAGCAUUUGGCCAAUCAGCGGAGACGCGAAAAAUUGUCAAAAUUUCAUGACUCAAACACUUCAAGAAAUCUUAACAGUAAUUCGAAAGGUUAUCCCUUUGGACAAACCGGGCGUGGGUAUAAUGCUCCACAACCCCAAAACAGACCCCAAAAUUCAAACCCCCAUAAUUCGAAUUCAUCCCAAAAUAAUCGCUUCAUUCCCCAACAAAAGCAUGCCAGUAACUUUAUCCCACAACACAACAAUCGCUUCAGUCCACAACCUGGCCGACUCCAAAUUAAACCAGAGAUAAUGUCGCAACAAACUAGACAAUAUCACUCUAAUUUAAAUCACCAUGAAUCCGUUCAACCCCAGUGCGAACAACCAGAUGUUACUGGUUACGACACCCAAUGUUGUAACUGCGAACCAAGUUACGGUCAGAUGACAAACGAUGAACACCAAGCUAACAUUCCGGUUGAAGAAAAUUCGAAUUCCGAUUCACCUGUCAAUGGUGAAAACCUAAAUUUUCAUCUGGGACUGGACAUUCCCCAAGAGGAAUGACCAACAACUUCCUUCCCUAUAUCGUAAUACAAUCACCCAAAUUUGGAGAGAUUAAAUUGCUUAUUGACACUGGUGCCAAUAAAAACUACAUCUCACCGAAAUUGGUCCUAUAUAAUUCCAUUAGAUUAGGUGCUCAACAUAAAAUUACUAACAUAAGUGGAACCUUCUCUGUGGAUAAAUUCACAUAUUUUAAUCCGUUCGUAAAUUUCAAUAAAAACCUCCCAUCUCAAAAAUUCUUCUUAUUCGACUUCCACAAUUUCUUUCAAGGACUGAUAGGAUACGAAUCUUUAAAGUCAUUGAGAGCUGUUAUCGAUACGGCUAAGGAUACCUUGAGAAUUGGAUCGAUAGAAGUCCCACUCCACAAAAAAUUCCCUGAAACGAUAAAUAUAAAUGCAAACGAGACCAAGGCUAUCUUCAUGCCAACGUCCGUUUCGGACGGAGAUUUCCUUUUCGGAAAUGAGGUCAAACUGCUGAAAAACGUCCACAUUUUGGCAGGACUCUACACCAGCAAGAAUCAUCGCGCUGAAAUCCUCAUUCACAACUUCAGUAAUGAAUCCCAAGAAGUCAGCCUUGGUGAUGUUCUUAACGUGGAGCUUAAUAAUUUCGAAGUCACUUCCCCACAAAAGUCGGAUUCUAACAAAACGGAGUCUUUAAACCAACAUAUUCGUAUGGAUCACUUAAAUUCAGAGGAAAGGACAGAACUAACAAAGGUGCUUGGUAAAUUUCAAGACGUGUUUCACCACGGAAAUGAACCUUUAACCUUUACAAGUGCAAUUCAACAUGAGAUCAAUACAAGGGAUGAACUUCCCGUAUACACAAAGUCGUAUAGAUACCCCUUCUGUCACAAAGAAGAGGUACAACGACAAAUUAUGAAAAUGCUCGAACAAGGAAUCGUUCGACAUUCAAGCAGUCCAUGGUCUUCCUCAGUAUGGGUAGUGCCAAAGAAGCUAGAUGCUUCUGGACAAAGGAAAUGGAGAUUAGUUAUAGACUAUCGAAAGUUGAACGAAAAAACUUUAGAUGAUCGUUACCCGAUCCCCAACAUAACGGACAUUCUAGAUAAACUAGGAAAAUGUCAGUAUUUUUCAACAUUGGAUCUAGCUUCUGGCUUCCACCAGAUAGAGCUAGCAAAAAAGGAUAUUCAUAAGACAGCUUUUAGUGUCGAAGGAGGACACUACGAGUUUCUCAGAAUGCCCUUUGGAUUAAAGAACGCUCCCGCCACAUUUCAAAGAGUGAUGGAUAACAUCCUCCGAGAACAUGUCGGUGUGAUUUGCCUGGUGUACAUGGAUGAUAUCAUCAUCUAUUCAACCAGCCUGCAGGAGCAUUUGAUAAAUAUAUCCAAAGUAAUGCAGACUCUUCGCAAACACAAUCUGAAAAUUCAGAUUGAUAAAAGCGAAUUUCUCCAGAAGGAGGUAGCCUUCUUAGGACACAUAGUUACUCCUGAAGGAGUAAAACCCAAUCCGGAUAAAAUCAAAGUUAUCCAAAAUUGGCCUUUGCCAAAAAAUGAAACCGAACUCAAAGGGUUCUUAGGAACCAUGGGUUACUACCGAAAAUUCAUAAAGGAUUUUGCUAAAAUUGCAAAACCUUUCACCCAGCAACUACGUAAAGGCGAAAAGAUCACUCAUUCACCCGAGUUUGUAUCAGCCUUCAAUCGUUGCAAAAAUAUCCUGACCAGUAGCCAUGUGCUUCAACGUCCGGAUCUUUCGAAGCCAUUUGUGCUCACCACAGAUGCUUCUAACUACGCUAUAGGCGCGGUUUUGUCACAAGGGCCCAUUGGGAAAGACAAACCUAUAGCCUUCGCGUCACGUACGCUGACGAAAAGCGAAGAAAAGUACUCUACAAUUGAGAAGGAACUUCUCGCCAUCGAUUGGGCGUGCAGAUAUUUCAGACCAUAUCUGUUUGGUCGGAAAUUUACUUUAUACACGGAUCACAAGCCGUUGACUUACGCCUUGAAUAUGAAAACAUCAAAUGAUAGGCUCAUUCGGAUGAAACUGCGACUUGAACAAUUCGACUACGAAAUUCAAUAUCGCCCCGGAAAACAAAACGUCGUCGCAGACGGUUUGUCUCGUCUUCACCAUGAAAUAAAUAUUAACCCGGCAAUAAAUGCUAACGAACAAGAAUCUUUAUCAUCAUCCAGCGACGAAGAUAAAUCUGAUGAUAAUAACGAUGAUGAUGACAGUGAUAGUGGGACCGUCCACUCCAGCUCAUCUGAUGCAAGUGACUUGAUCAAAAUGACCUUACGACCAAUUAAUGUCUUCAAAAAUCAAGUUUUAAUUACAGAAGGGACAAGGAACGAUGAAUCGUACGAGGAAAUUUUCCCCUCUGUAUUCAGACGAACCAUCACCAGAGCAACAUUUGGAUUGGUGAACGCCAUAAGUAUCUUCCGAGACUACAUGCAUCCGACCCGAACGAGUUGUAUCCUAUGCCCAGAAAAAUGGUUAAAAUGGAUACAAUUAGCUUAUAAAAACUAUUUUUCCCGUAAUAAAUCCUUCAAAGUUGUACUCACCCAGUCUAUUUUGCAGGAUAUUCUUACCGAAGAGGGACAAGACCAGAUCAUCGAGGAAACGCACGACCGCGCCCACCGCGGAAUCGAAGAUAAUUACAAGGUGAUCUCUGGAAAAUACUUCUUCCCAAGGAUGCGGAACAAGCUAAUAUGUGCUUCGAUCAUUAUAUACAGCAUAAUUCCAUACACAUUGGCAGACUCAUUUUUAAAUGUUAUAAACAUAGGAAAUAACCCAAUUGUCGAAAUCAAAAUAACCAAUUGUAAGAUACAAACCGGAAACAUAAAAAUCAUACACCCAGUGAAGCUAGAUAGAAUUGAGGAGAGCAUGGAAAUUAUAACGAAUUCAUUCUAUAACAAACUAACAAAUACUAACAACCCCUUACACGAAGUGAUCAAGUUCAGGAUUAAGAAGCUAUAUGCAACUCUCUAUGGAUUGAAGCCACAGCAGGCACGUCGCCACCGACGAUGGGAUUCACUAGGCACCGCGUGGAAAUGGAUAGCUGGAUCACCGGAUGCGCAGGACUUACACAUCAUCAACUCUACCAUAAACGAGCUUAUUAACCAAAACAACCACCAAUACAAGAUAAACGACAACAUCAACAACAGGAUUACGCAGCUCACGAUAACCGUUAACCAAAUAGCUAACUCCCUCAACAGUAAAAACAAGGCAAACCUGGAUGCCUUAGAUGCAGUCACAACAAUGUUAAACGUCGACGUCAUCAACGAGCUAUUGGACAACAUUCAAGAAGCCAUCACCCUCUCAAAGAUCUCCAUCAGUAACAACAAAAUUCUAUCUACGCGGGAAAUUAACAUCAUCAAAUCAACCCUUCAAGACCAAGGAGUACUCAUCCACUUCCCAGACGAAGCACUUCAAUUCGUUACCCCGAAGGUUGCUGUUAGAAACGGUGAUUUACUGUACAUCCUUAACGUUCCACAGCUGGAAUCUACAACAUCGACAAUCACAAGGAUCUACCCACUCAUCGUGGAUAAUCAAAUAAUCAGAUCAUACCCAAGCCACAUCAUACGGCAUGGUAACAAAUUAUUCACGACCAGAAACCCAGAAGAUUUCGUCCAAAAAUCAACAUUCAUCACAGAGUUUGAGGACGACUGUAUCCAAGCCAUCAUAUUGGGAAAACAGUCACGAUGCAGUUCUAUUUUCCAAAACGAAACCACCCAACAACUGGUAAACGAGAACACCCUAUUAAUCUCGAAUGCCGUCAACCACACCUUGGAAACAAAUUGCGGACCAGAUACUAGAAGAAUCACCGGAAAUUUCAUCAUCAAAUUCAACAACUGCACCGUCAACUUCAACGGCCAAUCAUUCCAAAGUUCGGAAACGUUCAUCGACACCGAAGUAAUCAACAAUGCAUUUCACAACAGUUUAAUGGAAUGGAGUCUUCAUAAACCACACGACAUAGCAGAGAUCAGCAAUACUGCAGUUAGUAACCGGCAAAAAUUGGACCACGUAUAUCUGCAACAAGACAGUCUACAUUUCAAACUUUGGACAACGUUCGGAGGAAUUUCGAUAUCAACCAUACUUGGAUUUUGCGGUAUUUGCAUCAUCAUCAAAGUCAUCGUGAAAAACAUAACCAACGGACCGGGACGUUCCGUACUUGAGGAGGGUUCAGUUAUGGUUGCUUCCCACCAACCAAACAAACCGAACAUCGUAAACGACCAGAAUAGUCAACACCAUCAAGUAAGGAAUCUGCAACGUCAGCAGGUGGAGCUAGAGAAGGAGCUGCAACGACUCCGCGCGCAUUUCUACGAAGAACAGUCUACAGCACCGCAACCGGACACCACCACGAGGCACCACAACGCGAUCCAAUAGAGUGUGCAUACUCAGCAAGUAGCUGGACAGGGCUCAUAGGUAGUCAGGGACUCAGGAUAGGUAUAAUAAAUCAGUCUAGAGUCAGAGCUCUAAGUGUGAAGUGCAAUUUUGUUUUUUUUUAA